UCACCGGAUCUAAACCCUAUAGGGCUCUUUGCGAUCAUUUUUCUUUUGCCGUUUUAUCUGGCAACGCAGCAUGGCUGCGUACUUUUGUAGCGCAAUAAUAUAAUGAAUAUUUGGUGCUUCUGCAUCCCAACAGCAAGGCUCUACUGUUUUGACAAAAGUCAAAAGUGUUUCAUGUGUGUUGAAAAAUGUGUUUCUAUUAUUAACUAAAAUGAGAAGUUGUCAUGUUGCUAAGUGUGGACGUAAGAUCAGUGAUGGUGUCAAAUUGUUUCCUUUGCCACAAAACAGUGUUCGUCGUCAGCUUUGGCUUGACAAGAUUAAACGUAGGGAAGCUAAUCGUCAUACCAAAAUCAAAAAUAUCACGAUAUGCUCAAAGCAUUUCUAUGGAGGGAAACCUGCAAAAGAAAUCUACCCGAGGCAUCCAGUUUUUGUGCCAUCAUUGUUGUUAGGGGAUAAGCCACUAAAAUUAAUAGAGUCAACUCACCUUUCUGUAAUUCAGGAUCAUUCUUUGCCGAUUGAUGAGCUUGAUCAACACAACAUUCCAAGUAAUUGCGAAGAGAGUUUAUACACAACCAUGGAAUAUGAAGUUCCCAGCGAUGAGAACCCAUCUGAGACUACAUUACAUCAAGAUUCAUUAUGCCAUGAAAGUCCUUCCCAUUUCACGAACUUCUUUGUAGGUUCCCUAAAAGAUGUAAAGGCAUUAAUUUGAUAGAUAAAAACUUUUUUGUUAUUGAUAUUAUUGGCUGCGAA